GACGCACCCACCGCUCGAUGCCACUCCCUUCCAGGUGAAGCGUCCUUCGCGCCGCUUACCUAUGAAACGAACACAAACCCUUCCAAACCCUUCUUGUUUUUCAAAAAAAAGGCAAUAACAAGCGUAAGAGGUGAAGCAGCGUGAAGAUGGAGGCAGCGCCGGGCGGUCUCGGGCGCUGUUCCUGCGCGUUCUGGCUCGCGGUGGCUUUCGACGCGCUCGGUCUCGUCAUAUUACUGCUCGGCGUGUUCGGAGACUUGUUCUUCUACGACUUCUUGAUAUACGCGGGAGCCAUCAUCAUCUUCCUGAGUCUCAUCUGGUGGGUUUUCUGGUACACGGGUAACAUCGAGGUGCCACAGGAGCUCGAGGACGACGUGGGCUUGCUGAAGAAGGGCAGGGGUUUGGCAGGGGUCGUGAGGAGGUUCUCCAGCCGCCUCUCGAGCGGAAUCAGAAACUCCCUCAGGAGAAACGGGGGGCCGCGGGGUCGAGGCGCGGAGCCCGGGCGAGCGAAGCACGGGAGGGAUGGCGGUCAAGCGCCGGUGGCUUUUGCCAUGAGCUCUCAGGAUAACGUGAGCACUGUUUCUGCGACAGUGAGCGGAGGAGACGCUCUCAGGACAGAAACACAGGCCAUAUGAAGCGCCACUUACAGGUUACAGAAGAGGAUAUUCAACCACAUGGCAUUGCCCAUUAUGCCUUAACAGACUCGUUUUUCUCUUCUGUUGAAAUAUUAUUUUUUUUACUCUGGUGUUUUAUUAAAAAUGUUUACAAGUGAAUUACAUUUUGUACGUUUUUUUGAUUUGAUUGAUUAUGCGUAUUGUGCUUUGUACUAUACACUAUUGUGAGAUUAUGCACUGACAAGAAUGGCCGUGACGAAAUAAACACAAUUAUGUAUUUUCCUA